CUGAUCGAGGACCCGCUCUAACUCCAGUACACCCCCACCCCACCCAAACUCACCUCUACCACAUGAUAAAUUCACGUGAAAUUGAAUUUAUCUGGAGGGGUGACGAGAAAUUGGAGUUCUAGUAGGGGGGAGAGAGAGAGAGAGAGAGAGAAAGAGGGGGAAUGGGAUCGUGGCGGUCGUGGGUUUUGCCGUUAGAGUCUCUCCACCUUUCUCUCUUCUCCACUUUGGCCACAACAAGUGAGAGAAAGUGUCGAGAGAGAGAGAGACCAAGAGCUGAAGGGGGAGGAGGAGGGAGGAGGAGGGGGAGGGAGAAGGAGAUGUUUGUGUAUUUAUGUAUGUGUGUAUUGGGUUGGUUUGUUUGAUCGAUGACGAGGAUGGUGAUUGUGGUGGUGGAGGUGGAGAUGAGUGUGAUGGAGUUUUGGGUGUGAAGAGGGGCACUCCAUCUCUUGCUUUGUUACAGAAGAGAACAAGGGGGGAGGGAGAAAAAGGCAAGCUUUUCUUGUCUUGCAGAAAAUCCAAUCCCAUUCUUAUUCUUCACCGCUACAUUGGCAGUAAAAGAGGCUAGGACUUGAGUGGGAUUUGAUUUUCCGGUCUUUUGGUGAAGAAGAAGAGAAUAAACAAAGGGUUGGCUUAUGUUAUUUUGUGUUUUUUUUUUUUUUUUGGAUAUUGUUUCUUGUGUAAUUUAAAAGGAUGGGGGAUCAUUUUGUGUUGCUGGUGGAUCGGUUGCUCACCGAGUCCACUCUCGAAGCUGCUAUCGAGAGCAAAAACCAGUGGCAGCAUACCACACCCUGUGGGAGUGAGGAUAUGAUGACUAAUUUUUCUGCCCAUAGGAUGGAUGUGGAUAUUGGACCAUCUCAAAGGAUAUUAGUACAGUGUAGGAUUUGCCAUGAUGAGGAUGAAGACUCCAACAUGGAAGUACCAUGCUCUUGCGCUGGUAGUUUGAAGUAUGCUCACCGUGGAUGUGUUCAACGUUGGUGUAAUGAAAAGGGGAACACCACAUGUGAGAUCUGCCACCAGCAAUUCAGGCCAAAUUAUACAGCACCACCCCCUCUGUUUCAUUAUGGCGGUAUUCCAAUGAAUUUCAGGGGAAAUUGGGAGGUUUCCAGGAGAGAUGCAAAUCACCCUCGCUUUAUAGCAAUGGUUGCUAGCGACCGGAAUUUUCUGGAUACUGACAUUGAUGAGUAUCCAGCUCCCAAUUCAAGAAGUGUGAUAUGCUGCCGGAUAGUUGCUAUAAUUUUCAUGAUCCUCCUGGUUUUGCGGCAUACCUUGCCAAUCAUAAUUAGUGGGGCUGGUGAAUACUCGUUUACACUGUUUACGUUGUUGAUGUUGAGAGCCAUUGGGAUUCUGUUGCCUGUCUAUAUCAUGGUUAAAGCAUGUACCGCCUUUCAACGUCGGCGACACCAACAGGAUGCUCGUAACUUACCAUCUGAUGAAGAAAAUGAAAUGCAGCCCCAGCCACGCAUCAUCCAAAUCCGAUAGGUUAUUUGGAGAAUCAGUUGUAAAAUUACCAAGUUAAUUCUGUAAAUUAUGAGUAAAUGUUUAAUGGGACGUGUAUCUAUGAAGAAUCAAAAGACGAAUGAAUCAAGCAUACAUACAUGUAUAUUACUCCAGUUGAUUUUGCCCA